GCACAUUGUACAAACAGUCUUUUGUCGGUGUAGUUUCCUCACAAGGUCACACCAUAGGCUGAUGCAUAAUUAUACCAGAUAUCAAUGAUAACCAUGAAGCUCUUUCAAGUCAUUUACAUCAUAUUCCUUACUGCUUCCAGUGCUGCUGCCAGUGCCACUAGGGCGAUGGCAGCAUUGCCUCCUCAAAUUACCUGCGCAUUCCCAUGCGUUUCCUCGAAAGAAUCUUUGGACUGCAUGUUAGGGACAUCGCCUUUAUUUACGCAGGAUGGGUGCUGGCAGUGCUGUGGCAAAAUAGGUUGAAUCUCUCUGUCAUUUUUGCUCUCGAUACAUCUAACAUGUAUAUCAUGUACCCUUUUUCAAAAAUAUUGAAUACUUAACAGACAAGAUUCCUCGGUGAAGCACAAACAGAGAUGGACAGCAAGCUCCCUGACCCGCGUCCUUGAUGAAUUGAAUG